GGGGUUUACUGUAACAACUGAAACGGAGGGUUUUGGGAUACCCUGAAAAUGUAUCCCGUAGGCCAACCACCUGGGCCAGUGGGACCUCCUCCCAGGGGUCCCCCACAGACGAUGCCUCCUCAGCCCGCUGCUCCCUCCAUGACUCCCGGUGCUUCUGGUCUGCCCAUCCAGCCAGGGGGGGUACCGCCCCCCGAACUCCCGGUGUUCAUCUGCCCUCGGAGGCCGAAUCUCGGAACCGAAGGACGGCCGAUCAUGCUCAGGGCGAACCAUUUCGAAAUUCGAAUGCCCAGGGGCUACCUUCAUCACUACGACGUCACCAUCACGCCCGACAAAUGUCCACGGAAAGUGAACAGAGAAAUAAUUGAGACUAUGGUUCAAUCAUAUUCUAAAAUAUUUGCAAAUCUAAAACCUGUAUUUGAUGGAAGAAAAAACAUGUAUACUAGAGAUGAUAUCCCAAUCGGAAACGAUAAGAUGGAACUAGAAGUUACAUUACCUGGUGAAGGAAAAGAUAGAGUGUUUAGGGUUGCAAUCAAAUGGUUGGCCAAAGUCAGUUUGUAUGCUCUUGAAGAAGCAUUAGAAGGGCGUUCGAGAACAAUACCAUUGGACGUUAUACAAGCGUUAGACGUUGUGAUGAGGCAUCUUCCCAGCAUGACAUAUACUCCUGUUGGCCGAUCUUUCUUUUCUUCACCAGAUGGAUAUAAUCAUCCGUUGGGAGGUGGAAGAGAAGUAUGGUUUGGAUUUCAUCAAAGUGUGAGGCCUAGUCAGUGGAAAAUGAUGCUCAAUAUUGAUGUAUCUGCUACAGCCUUUUACAAAGCACAACCCGUUACCGAUUUUUUGUGUGAAGUGUUAGAUAUUCGAGACAUAAAUGAGCAGAAGAAGCCGUUAACAGACUCGCAGCGUGUGAAGUUUACCAAAGAAAUUAAAGGACUGAAAAUAGAAAUCACUCAUUGUGGUGCUAUGAGGAGAAAAUAUCGAGUUUGUAAUGUAACUAGGCGACCAGCUCAGCUUCAAUCAUUUCCUUUACAACUUGAAAAUGGACAAACUGUGGAAUGCACAGUAGCAAAAUAUUUCUUAGACAAAUACAAAAUGAAGCUAAGGUAUCCACAUUUUCCAUGUUUACAAGUCGGACAGGAACAUAAACAUACUUAUCUUCCACUAGAGGUUUGUAACAUAGUUGCUGGACAGAGGUGUAUAAAAAAGUUGACUGACAUGCAAACAUCUACAAUGAUUAAAGCUACUGCUCGGUCAGCUCCAGAUAGAGAAAGGGAAAUUAAUAAUCUUGUUAGCAAUACAGGACUGAGUUCUGCUUCAAAUCAAGUUAGGAGGGCUGAUUUCAACAAUGAUCCAUAUGUUCGAGAAUUUGGUCUUUCCAUUAGCAAUACCAUGAUGGAAGUCCGAGGUCGAAUAUUACCACCUCCUAAACUUCAGUAUGGUGGUCGAUCUUUUGAUUCACAGACCAAGCAACAAGCAAUCCCAAACCAAGGGGUUUGGGACAUGCGAGGCAAGCAAUUUCAUACUGGAGUGGAAAUUAGAGUUUGGGCCAUUGCUUGCUUCGCUCCUCAACGCACGUGUAGAGAAGAUGCCUUAAGGAACUUCACCCAACAGCUUCAGAAAAUUAGCAAUGAUGCUGGCAUGCCUAUUAUUGGGCAACCUUGCUUUUGUAAGUAUGCGACUGGUGCAGAGCAAGUAGAACCGAUGUUUCGCUACCUCAAGUCUACAUUCCAAGGUUUACAACUAGUCGUCGUAGUUUUGCCUGGGAAAACCCCUGUUUAUGCUGAAGUUAAAAGAGUUGGUGAUACAGUCCUUGGAAUGGCCACCCAAUGUGUUCAAGCUAAAAAUGUUAACAAGACAUCGCCUCAAACUCUAUCUAAUUUAUGUUUAAAAAUAAAUGUCAAGUUAGGUGGCAUCAACAGUAUACUUGUUCCAAAUAUAAGACCAAAAGUGUUCAAUGAACCUGUGAUAUUUCUCGGUGCAGAUGUUACUCACCCGCCUGCUGGAGAUAAUAAGAAACCUUCUAUAGCAGCUGUUGUUGGCAGUAUGGAUGCACAUCCAAGCAGGUAUGCAGCUACUGUAAGAGUUCAGCAGCACAGGCAAGAAAUCAUACAGGAUCUGGCAUCUAUGGUGAAAGAAUUGCUCAUUCAGUUUUAUAAAUAUACCCGGUUUAAACCAAAUAGAAUAAUAUUUUAUAGAGAUGGUGUUUCGGAAGGGCAGUUUCACCAGGUACUUACUCAUGAGCUUUUGGCUGUUCGGGAGGCAUGUAUGAAAUUAGAAGCUGAUUAUAAACCCGGGAUCACGUUCAUAGUUGUACAAAAACGGCACCAUACUAGAUUGUUUUGUUCUGAUAAAAAAGAGCAAAUCGGAAAAAGUGGCAAUAUACCAGCUGGCACUACUGUUGAUGUUGGCAUCACUCAUCCAACUGAGUUUGAUUUUUAUCUUUGCAGUCAUGCUGGUAUACAGGGCACUAGUCGUCCUUCUCAUUAUCAUGUUCUCUGGGAUGACAAUCAGUUUACUGCAGAUGAACUUCAGUGCCUCACUUACCAACUUUGUCACACAUACGUCCGUUGCACAAGAUCUGUAUCCAUUCCAGCUCCUGCGUAUUAUGCUCACUUAGUGGCAUUCCGCGCCCGAUAUCAUUUGGUAGAGAAAGAUCAUGAAAGUGGUGAUGGCAGUUUGCAGUCUACUAAUGGCGAAGAUCGUAAUCCUCUAGCAAUGGCUCGAGCUGUCACAGUGCAUAGUGACACUAACAAAGUUAUGUAUUUUGCGUGAAGAGGGUUUUACUUCAUUAACAAAAUCUGAUAAAAGAAUGUUAUCCUGCUCAAUAAGGGAUUAUACCACCUGUACCUGUUCACACGAAACAUCAGAAUGAACAUUUGAUCUUUUAUGAUGCAAAUGGUUUCCCACUUGAAAGCUUUUUCAUGAUUAUUAUGAAUUCUUUCAAUUUUUUAGGUUGUAUGGAAAAAUGAUACAAGCAAGGGAAAAUUGCAUGAGUCUUGUAUACUUUUCUAUCGUGGUUAAAGACUCCCCCCCCCCUUUGUACUGCCACUGAAUCUGGUCAUACUUUAAUGUAUUGGUGUACAAAAAUCAUGAUUGGUUUUAAAUCAAUUCUCUAGAAACUUUUUGUUCUAGGGUUUUUAUUACUUUUCUUAAUAUAUGAUUUGAAGCAUUAUAGAGCAAGUUUUUACAACAUUACUUGCCUUGCUUAUGGUAAACAAUUCAUGCAUUUUCUUUGGUAGUACAGAUACUGUAAGUCUACCUGUAGUUUUGAAUUUCUUUUAGCAGCAUUGCAGAAAGGAUGCUGUUUUAUGCAAAUGAGAUGUUACAUUAUAAAUAACAAUAAUGCAUUAUUACUUCAUUUUUUAAAAAUCGAUAAUUUCAUGUAUUUAUUCUACCCUUGAUGCUUUAUGGACUUGAAUUUUUCAUAAUUAAAAAUCAUUCAAAAAUGAUAAUGUGACAUGUUAUUUGCAAAAUAAUUUAUAGCUAUUAGUACUAGAUGUAGAUAACUCUUUUGUGCUGAUUAGCAAUAGAUGAAAUUUUAAUUUCCUAACAGUCUUAACUUCAGUUUGUUGUGCUGUGAGAGGUAUCUUGUGAUGUUUAAUGCGGCCAAAAAGGAAGCAUUAAUUAAACUACUUUUUUUAAAGCUUUUGUUAAUAAAAAAUUGCAUAGGAUUUUUUUUUCUUCUGGUUUGUUAUUUCUCUCUUACGAUUAUUUUGGAAUGAUAUGUUUCAGAGUGUCUGCUAUGACGCUUUAAAUCAUACACAAAAAAGUUUGUUAAAAUCUCUGAGUAGUUGACAUGACUAAAGGCAUGUUUAUCUGUUGUUGGGAAUAGGAAAUGGUAAACCAUCUUAACAAAAAACAUAUUGCUUGGUGCAUGUUUUUUUGAUUUUCUCAAGUUUUUUUAAUUUUUAAAACUAACCAAAAUAAUUCUCUUUUUUUUCCCUUGUUAUUUGUAUGAUCAAAAUUGAAAAUUUAUUCAUUUAUACUCAAUAAAAAAAAUGUUCAUGUGUUAGCUGCUAUAAGUUUGAUAAAAUUAUCUCAAAUAUCGUUAAUUUCAAAGCUUUAGAAAUUUUACUGAAGAUUUUGCAUGCAUAAAAUUAAAUUCUAUUCUUAAAUUUCACUGUAAGGGUAAAUGAAAUAUUCCCUAUUGGUAUAAAAAAAAGUGAGUUGUUUAUGUAUUUUAGACAAUCCAAGGGUUUGAUGGCAGCACGUGUUUUAUUAUUGUAGCUAUAUUUAUCUGAGCUUCUAUCCUCUAAAUUUAUAGAUAUUUUUAAAAGGUUACUUCAUAUCGUAGAUUAUGUUAUAGGUUUACUUAAUUCAAAUAUUUUAAAAUUGAAUUCCUUCCUACAUAUGUUACCAUUAUUAUACAUGCUUUUUGUUAAAAUUUCAAAAUUAUUUUUAUCAAAUCAUUCUUUGGGGAAAAAAAAGUACGUAGUUGUGUAUUCUAUUUCAAUCAGUGCAAAAGAGUUAAGUUUUUUCCUUUUUUUGUUAAGUGUGCAGCCAGUCACUUUGUCUCACCGUCCAAAAUUGGCAAGGACCAAUGAAAAGCAAAACUGCGCCAAAUUAGUUGAGAUUGAUUCAUCAUCCUUUCUUC